UUCUACAAAAGCAUGUGAAUGUUGCAAUGAAACAUCAACGGCAUUUACAGAGGACCCAUCAAAGGCAUCAGGAAUUUACUACGGUCAAAAAAGAAACGGUAUUCAGAUAUCUAAAGACGGGGGGUUUCUGCGCCGUCACGUGACGCCAGAGCGACUAGAUUGUCAAGCUUUGUACGAGGAAGGUUUUAUGACGGGCGGUGUGUACGCAAUACGGCCGCCGGGAGGGGAUGUCACGGACACGUGGUGUGAUAUGGAGGACGGUGGAUGGACGGUCAUCUCCUUGCGGCGAGACGGGUCUGAGGAUUUUAACCGUGGAUGGGAGCAAUAUGUUGCUGGCUUUGGAAACAGAACAGUGUUGGCUACUUUCCUGAUCGUCACUGUAUCCUCUCUUAGUACGGGUCCGCCGUGCGCAGAUAUUGACCAAUCAGGAUGCAUCGGAAAUCCGAAUUUGUGCGCCGAUCCCCUUCUUUCGCAAACCGUUUGUCCACGCACGUGUAAUAAAUGUCCGGUUUACUGUUUCCACUGUAAUGCAACAGUCGCAGAUUACACGCACUGUAAGAAUAUUGUAGCCUGUCCUCACAGUCAGGUCUGCAUGCUGAAGCGUCAUGUGUCUUACGUCGAUGGACACCAGGAUUACAUCAUGCAGUGUGUGGAUGUGGCUGUUUGUGACACCAAGAGGUCUGUUCAGCCAAGAGACACGACGACACAUUGCUGCAGAGAUAACUUUUGCAACAGCCCUGAAUAUUUUCAAACAACAGCUACACCUUCAACUACACUCUCGACACCAACAACUGUUCUGACAACGCUGUACCACAAGAUGACAACUUCCACUAGUACAUAUUGCAGCAAAGAUGUUGUGUUCAUUUUGGACGAGACUAUUGACAUCCAACCAGUGAAAUACUUCAUGCGCAGUGUCAUUCAUACCCUAAAAGUCGGAAAUUCGAAAAGCUUGGUUGCCUUGUUUAACACUAAUUCACACCACCAAUUGGUUUGGCCUUUGAACGGCCAUACUAGUAAGGAAAGCCUUGUAUCAGCAUUGGACAACUACCAUGGCAAUCCAGAUUUGAUGAUGUCGGAUCCGAUGUACGGGAUCCAUGCUUAUCUUGGAGAUAUCGAGCAGAACAGUUUCGCAGACAGAACUUCGCAUAAAGAUGGUGUGAUUUUAAUAACAUCAAGACCAUACCAUCCAACCAUUCACUUCGCCAUGACGAUGUCCUGGCCAAUUGAUGUGUUCCAAAGAUUGCAUCACAAAAGCGAUGACGUAAUUGCAAUUGGCAUAGGAAGUGACGUCAGCCAGGCGCAACUUCUCCACAUAGCUACAACGAAUGACCAUGUGUUUCAACUAAACGGAGUGAACGCUCUCUACAACAUGGCUAUGAUUAACAAAAUUGUGCAGUUAAUUUGUUAGUAAUAAAUUAAAAACGUAAA